CCUCAAGAAGGAAAUGGCAACCCAAUCCAGUGUUCUUGCCUAGAGAACCCCAUGGACAGAGAAGCCUGGUGGGCUGUGUUCAUGGGGUCACAAAGAGUCAGGCAUGAUUGAGUGACUAACACUUUCGUGCAAGUCUGACCUCCCCCAGAAAGCACCCUUUGUCCACUCCAGCCAGUUCAAUCACUGAUUUCAUAAGUUUGUAUACUAUGUGCUAUGAAUGGGAAUGAGACAUACCCAAUCUUCAGGUUGCUCGCACCUGUAGGAGACAAGAUGUGAUAAAAAGAAUGCAUGGUGAUGGGGAAGUCAGGAAAGGCUCAGAAAUGAUAAUGGGUGGGGUCUUGCAGGAAGAAGGCAGUGUGAUGGGAAGACCAAAGAUGAUGCAGCCCGUAGGCUGUUAGCUGAGCUGGAACCAGAACUGGCCUCCCAAAUCUACACUUUAAGCCAAGGUUCAUUUUGAUACCUGAAAACGCCUAAGGGCAGGAAGCACAUCCUGUUUAUCUACACUUGUCUUCCCCACACUUCCUCUCCUGUUCCUCCUGCCUCAUACCAGGUGCCAGGCACAUAAAGUACCCACUGUUGUCAAAUCCAAGAGGUAAAAAUCUGUGCAGGGAGGAGCAAGGAAGGGCUACUCAAGCCCCAAGCCUCCUCUCAGCUUUCUCUUCUGGAAAAGCCUUUCAUGAAAUCGUGAACUAUAAAAGGAGUGGAGCGGGAUGCAGGGAAAAACUCAAGGGAACUAAGAGGGCGGGCGAGCUUAAGGGGAUCCCGGCGGUCGGGGGUCUCUAGGCGACGAAAAUGGAAGGCUAGGCUUACAUUCACGCUUUUGGCUCCUGUGACCUCGGCUGUGCGCCCCUGGGUAAGGCCGGGUGCGCACUGAUGGCGCGCACCGGCAGCUCGGGCCGGGGGCGGCGGGUGGGGGGCGGUCGAUCGACAGGGUCCGCCCCGCGAGCUGGGGCUCCGCCUCCGCCUGUCCUCUAGUCCCGGUACGGCUGCUUCCGGGCUCUGCGGCUCCGGGCGGCUUCGCGAGGCCGAGGCCCCGACGCUGGGCCCGGGAGGGGCUGCAUCGCCUGGACGCCUGGACGCCAGGCUCCCCAGGCAGGCGCGCGCUUUGCCUCGCUCCCGGGAUCUCCCAGGACAUCUCCGGCCUGACCUUGCGAAGACUGAAUCUCAGCUGCGGGCUGGGGUGCCAGUGGGGCCACUUUAUAGGAAUCACAGCCCUCUGAAUCAAAGCAGGAAGGUUGCUGGCUGGAGUUUGCCGGAUACCUCACCCCCCACUCACUUAACAGGAGACUUCUUUCUGAGCUGCCUUAGGGCAGCAGUUAGGACUCUCCUGGUCGGUCGGGAGCACCUAGGAUCCGUGGCCACCUUCCUUCCUUCCUUUUUGGAUGGAGAACCGCCUACCCAGUUUCUGGGACACCUUGGGGCGUGGCCUUGGUGAGUGAAACUUGGGGUGCUGCCUGCUGGGAAAGAAACCUGGAAAACGGAGGACACUGUGACGGUGUCCCACGCUUUGUCAGAUUCGUAGACUUUGGGAAUCGAGUGUGUAGAGUGGGGUGGUGGUGAAUGGAUUUGAAUGUGCCUCUCUUUACUUUAAAACUGAAACGGAAACAAGCCGCUUCAGGCUGCAUGACCAUCCUGGGAAGAGGUGAGCCACUCCUGAGUUCAGAGUAGGACUCUCCAAGCAGAUACCUGUUCUUCUGUGCCUAAACACACUCUGGUUUCUGAGGAAAUCCUCAGUCCCCCCAUCCAAGAGCCUAAGCCGUGCCAGGAAGCAGCCCCAGAAUUGGGAGGCUCAUUGCACACCCCAGCCAUGUUCCUCCGACGCCUUGGUGGCUGGCUCCCUCGCCCCUGGGGCCGCCGGAAGUCGACGAGACCUGACCUGCCCACCCCAGAACCCAGACGGAUGGACAGCUCCUCUGAGAAUUCAGGGAGUGACUGGGACAGUGCCCCAGAAACCAUGGGAGAUCUGGGGUCUCCCAAGACCCAGGACUCAGGUGCACAGAGGAGCUCUGGGGCUGCUCCAGAACCAAGCAGGGAGGCCCAAGUUGAGCAACUGGGGUACAAAAGGAUGGAUUCUCUGAAGUGGGAGAAGACUGCUUCCAGCACCCAAGAGUCUGGGAGGCCAGAGGCUGGGGAGACCAUUCCCAAACUAGGACAGGAUCCUGUGGACUCAGAUGGCACCGGGAAACGUGGAGGGUCCCCUGAAGAGGAAUUGAGCCCCUCAGUGGCUGAAGCCCCGGUGGAGAAGCCUGGCCGGCGUCAGAAGCUGCUGGGCUGGUUGCGGGGGGAUACAGUUGGGGGAGCAGGGGCUCCCCACCAGUAUCUGGGGGACCCAGAGGAGUGUCUGCAGAUCUCCACCAACCUGACCCUGCACCUGCUGGAGCUGCUGGCCUCAGCCCUGCUGGGGCUCUGCUCAAGGCCCUUGCGGGCAGCCUUGGACGCGCUGGGCCUGCGUGGACCGCUGGGCCUCUGGCUGCAUGGGCUGCUGUCCUUUCUGGCUGCUCUGCAUGGACUCCAUGCCGUGCUGAGCCUACUGACCGCUCACCCCCUGCACUUUGCCUGCCUCUUUGGUCUUCUACAGGCCCUGGUGCUGGCUGUCAGCCUCCGGGAGCCCAGUGGGGAUGAGGAGGCCACUGAUUUGGAGGUCGAGAAGUUAGGGAGGGAGGAGGAGGAGCAGAAGGGAGACCCAGGCAAGGGGCUGUGACCAAGGGGUAUGGUGUGACCCAGGGUCCUACCCUCAGUGGGGUGGGAGCAAGGAUGAAGAUAGUGUGGGAGGUAUGAUCCAAAUUGUAAGCACAGGGACCUCAGGGAUGGGGCAGAAACCCCAGAGUAUGAGGGCACAGAGUCGCCUCCACACACAGGAGAGCUGUUCAGGGUGUCUGUGUUUAUGGACAGUGGGGGCCUCGCCCUUGAAUUCACCAGCUGUUGUUAAUUUUUGCUUUUACAUUUUUCCCACUUUUUUUCUUCCACCUCCACUUUUUAAAAGCAAAAAAAAAAAAAAAAAAGUGUGGUGGUGAGAAUAAAGACUGAAGUGUCCUCUCUACCUUUUAAAACUCUCCAGGGGUGGAGAAAACCAGUCAGGACAGACAGACCUCUGGGUGGGGUAAGAGGGUGGUUGAGAAACUCGGGGGAUCCCUUGGAUCCUGGGAUCUGCACCAUCUGGGGAAGAGCAACACUCCUAGGUGGGUGGAUUAGGGGGUCUGGAUGGGGUUCCCACAGGUGAUGGGGAGCCUGAAGGGAGGACCUGAGGAUUCCUAGGAGCCAGGGGGAGUGGGGCUGGGUGCAGGCAGUGUUGGCAGGACGGCCAGCUCAGAGGGGCUGGCAGCUCACAGGCAGCAUGGGGAGCACUAGAGUUUGCAGACCCCACUAGGGGGUUGGGUUUGCUCACUCAGCACUAAGUAACUGUGUCACACCAAAUGCUAAAUAUACCACUACAAAGUGAGAGUUA